CUUUUUUUGGAAACGAACCGAGAGGCUCUACUUAUGGCAGAACGAGCCCUCGUGUGAUGCUCGAAGAAAGGCUCCUAGCUCUCCUUAUUGACCUCUCGCAACUCACAUUGACAGCUAAGGAUUGACCACCACAACGUCCACCAACAGACAUGUCUGCACUACCAGGUCCACCCGUCGGACCCGUACCGCCGCCAAACGAACGAUAUGGGCGACCUUCAGGGGACACAGAACUCACGGCCGUCGGUGAUGUGGACAUGGCCAAGGCAGCUCAGAUCAGGCCUUCUCGAUUGCGAGGAAAGGGAUUGACAUUUAUGGUCACUUUCGUCGCAGGAACAGGCUUCACCCUAUUCGGCUACGAUCAAGGAGUCAUGUCUGGUCUAUUGACUUUGCCAGCAUUCAUCAAGCAAUUCCCUCAAACGGCCGGAGGAUUUGGAGGAAACAAAUCAGCGACUUUGCAAUCUUUCCUCGUCGCCAUUUACGAGCUAGGAUGCAUGGCAGGAGCCCUGUCCAACCUGUACAUUGGUGAUAGGCUGGGAAGGCGACACACGAUCACCUUGGGCGGUUUCAUCAUGAUUGCCGGUGCCAUUCUUCAGACUGCGGCAGUGGACUACGGCAUGAUGCUGGGAGCCCGAGUCGUGACGGGCCUUGGAAAUGGACUCUUGACGUCUACUGUGCCAGCAUACCAAUCGGAAUGCGCUCAGCCUCACAGAAGGGGUCAGCUUGUCCUGUUUGAGGGUUCUUUGAUCACACUGGGUGUUAUGACUGCCUAUUGGGUAGAUCUUGGAUUCUACUUCACCAAGGGGUCGAUCUCUUGGCGAUUCCCAAUUGCUAUCCAAAUGAUUUUCGCCAUCGUCAUGAUAACCUUUAUGUAUGCCUUCCGUCUUCCCGAGUCACCCAGAUGGCUUGCAUCGAAGGGAAGAAAUGAAGAGGCCCUUGCUGUUCUCGCCGCCCUCGAAGGCGUUUCAGUCGAUGACAAGAAGGCUCUCCGAACAUUCCAGGGUAUCAAGGAUGCUGUAGCUGCCGAGGAAGCUGGCGGUUUUGCCUUCAAGGAACUUUUCCACCAUGGACGAGGGCAGAACUUUAGAAGGACCAUGCUGGGUAUACUGGCACAGUGUUUCCAACAGAUCAGUGGUAUCAACUUGAUCACCUACUAUUUGAAUUCUGUGCUCGAGGAUAUUGGUCUAGGACCUGAGAUGUCUCGCAUUAUCUCGGGUGUCAAUGGAACUUGCUACUUCCUUACAUCCCUCAUCGCCAUCGCCAUCAUCGAGCGAGCAGGUCGACGCCAGCUCAUGCUAUGGAUGGCAGCUGCACAGGCAGGAACCAUGGCCGUGCUCGCCGGGCUGUAUAAUAUCGAACACAGAGGGAACAAGGCGGCUCAAGACGUAUCUGUUCUGUGCUUGUUCCUGUUCAACACCUUUUUCUCUAUUGGUUGGCUAGGAAUGACUUGGUUGUAUCCCGCAGAGGUGACACCGCUCAGAAUUCGAGCUCCUGCCAACGCUCUGUCUACCGCCUCCAACUGGCUGUUCAACUUUUUCGUCGUGAUGGCAACGGGCCCGAUGUUCGCGGGAAUCGGCUGGGGCACCUACGCCCUUUUUGCAGCACUCAACGGAGUUGUCAUAUGGCCAGUCGUCUACAUGUUCUUCCCUGAGACUAAAAAGUAUUCUCUGGAGGAGCUCGAUAUCAUCUUUGCGAUAGCGCACGAGGAAGGCAAAUCUCCAGUGGCAGUGUCGCUGUCCGGAAAUAUUCCUGAAGCUGGUUCUCAGGAAGCUGAAGCUAUCCUCGGUCGUUCGAACCAGUCGAAACCUAAUGAGAAGCAGCACGAGGGUCUCGGUCGCAGAUUGUCCCGAAGAUUCAGCGGGAAUGAACACCAAGCGCAGACUGAGAAGAACCAGAAGAGUCAGAUCUCACACCAUGAGCGGAGCAAUGCUUAGUCUUCUGCGAUCCAUGCCCAUCGUUAUUGUAGCCUUUAGUCCAUCUUUAAUCACAAGUGUAGUCCCAGUCAUGCAUCGCUGAUCGGCUG